CAUGUACCACACAGCCUUUAUAGUUGUUUUAUUUCAUCAGUUCGCAUGGCUGGCUAAUGUAACUUACUGAAAUACAUUGCUGUCUCUGCAGAGGGCUGGUGAAGUGUUAAUUUGCUAAAUCAGAGUCUCUUGUGACUUCUUUUCUGUAUCACCCGUGUUUAUCGUUUCAGCCAGCACAGUACUACCAAGGGAUGAAUUGAACUCCAGAUUAUGAGUUUGUAAGAGAUAAGAGGACCAUGUUAAAAGUAGGUUGUUUUUGAGUUCUUCAGUCCCUGCUGUUGUGAUCUUCUCCCUCAGUUUAUAGGUUGAGAGUUGGCUCUCCUUGUUUUUAUACUGUAGGAUGAAGUGAUUGGGGUUGUCUCGUGGACUGUGGUAGAAGAGAGGAUGCUGAUACUUCAGCAAAUAAACUAUGUAGGUUAGAAGUCGGUGUGCUGAAUACAGCAGUUAUAUUUUGCUUGGCCCAUGUAGUGAUUUAACUUUGUUUAAAAGAAAAGAUUAGUUGGUAGUUUAAAAACAAGGAGAUUUCACUUUAAAAUUCUUGUUUUCACCUUUUCAAGGGAAAAAAAUAACUUCAAAGGGUUGUUGCUGCCAGGCCAGGGUUUCCUGGCAGGACUCUGUGGGAAGCUGGUAGCAGCUGUCUGUUGUAGGAGGACAGGCAGUCUGCUUAGUGUCAGCUAACUUGUGUUUCUUGUCUCCAUCAGACAUGUCCAGUGUCCAAGCCACAGUCCUGGCGUUACUGUAAGCCAUUCCUUCCUGUGUUUCGCUUGCAUUGUUUAUUCCCAAUCAUUGGCCUCUGUAGAUGUUUAGGAAUUGAUUGGUUUUGGUUUUAUCUCUGUGUUUUGUUUUCUGCCUCCAUCCCUUUAUUGACUAGUUCCUUCUGAUUUGUAUGUUUUUAAUAUUUGGUAGAAGAUAUGUGCGUAUCUGUUUGAAUGUUUUAAAUAUUCAGUAGAAAAGAUGUGUCUAUCUGUAUGUUUUAAAAAUAGAUUUUAGAGCAGUUCAUCUCAAUACAUAAUAAUUAAAUUCCUUCUCUGGAAUCCGGUCCCAUUGGCAAAAGAUGUGAUGUGAUGCAUUCAUGUACUUGAGGAAAGUUGCUUAAAGCCUAUAUUCUCUAUCAGAGGAACUAAGAAGUCCCUAUUUAUGUAAUUAUGCCGCUUGUACUUAAGGAUGAAGCUUUAAAAAUUACCUUACUUAGUGUACUGGCUAGUUUUGUGUCAAUUUGACAGAGCUGGAGCUAUCACAGCAAAAGGAGCUUCAGUUGAGGAAAUGCCUUCAUGAGAUCCAACUGUAAGGCAUUUUCUCAAUUAGUGAUCAAGGGGGAAAGGCCCCUUGUGGGUGGUGCCAUCUCUGGGCUGGCAGUCUUGGGUUCUAUAGGAAAGCAGGCUGAGCAAACGAGGAGAAGCAAGCCAGUAAAGAACAUCCCUCCAUGGCCUCUGCAUCAGCUCCUGCUCCCUGACCUGCUUGAGUUCCAGUCCUGACUUCCUUUGGUGAUAAACAGCAGUAUGGAAUUGUAAGCUGAAUAAACCCUUUCCUCCCCAACUUGCUUCUUGGUCAUGAUGUUUGUGCAGGAAUAGAAACCCUGACUAAGACACUUAGCAAUAAAACUGGAUAAUUCUCUAUUUUUCAUCAGUGACAUGGUCUUCUAAAUUUUAUGAACUGCUCAUAGAGAUCCAGUCUCCUAACCCAUGGCAAGUUAUUUUGUGCACUGUUUCUGACAGGUCAUUAUUUAGCUUUUCAUUUGAACUUGUGUAAGAAGGGCUACCUAGGCACUCAGAUAUCCAAUAAAUAUAGUGAAGUCAUGAUGGAUGAGGAAGUAGAUAGCCAAGUGUGGUGGUGCACAGUACUCAGAAGGCUGAGCCAGGUGGAUUUCUGUGAAUUCAAGGCCAGCCUGGUCUACAUAGAGAGUUCUAGACCAGACAUAGUAAGAGCACAUUAAACAAAAGAGGAAUAAAGAAGGGGAUGUUGUCCCAUGGAUGGCAGCAGGGAGGCAGGUACUGCAUGUGGUGUGCAUGUGCUAACCACUGUGUCGGCUGAGUAGUGCUUACAUCUCAGUGUUUAAAUAACAGUGGGGAUCUUGGUUUAUUUGUGUAUAUGAAAUUGCACAAAAGCUAAUGAACUUUUCUUGAACACUCACUUUGUUCCCGGAGUUGUGCUAACUAGUUUACACUCGUGGUCUUGUUCAUCCCCCAGUGCCAGGUUUGGUGUUUUCAUGCCUGUUGUAAAGCUAAGAGGAGGAGACUUAAAGAGUUCUUUGUCCAUGCCACAUGACUAGUCAUCAGUAAGGUUCUCACCAGAAGGCAGGCCUGUGGCCGUACAGGGCCCUAAUACAAACUUUCUAUUUCCACAUUUGCUUUAAAAAGUGAACCAAGAGAAACGGGGUCCAUUUAUUAUAGGACAGAGAGUUACUGUAGCCGUUUUGAGCAUAUGAAGCAUCUGCUAGUUUGAAAACUUUUACCCAAGUCCCAGACCACACUUUAAUCACAAAAUAAGCUUGCCAAAACAAGUCAAGUAAAUGCAUUGGUUUCUUUCAUAAUCUGUAUUUAUGAAUUCCUGGUUUUUCAUGCAUUUUCCUGGCUUUCAAAAAUCUGUCAGUUUUUCACAGGGGCCUUUGUUACAUUCAGAAUUAGCUAGAUAAUUUCAUAUCAUAGUAUUUUAGUAAGUACAACUAGCCUUCUCUUUAUCAGUGAAAUAAAUAGUUAUUUCACUUUAAGGUCCUUGACAUUCUAGGAUACAUAAUUGAGCAUUCUCCUAGCACUUUGUACUUCCAGAGUCGUUUAUAAUCAUUAGUUAGCUAUUUCCCAGGCGUCUCUGUGGAAUAGACUCGUAUUCCCUCUUGUUGUUUUACUGAUGAGACAGGAGAUAGAGCCAGUUUGACUGACUUGAAGUUCACAUAGUAAGUCAUUAACUCUGGUCUGGAUUAGCAUCCAGCUUUAGCUUCUUGGUCCUGUACUGGGUUCACAGGCUGGUGUUUUAAAAAGCUGAUGAUUUUUCAAUUUUCUUGCCAAAUGGUUUGAUUUCUUCUUGCUGGGAAAGCUCCCAGUGCCAGCAUUCCACGAGGCUCUGCAGCAGGCAGUUCAGCAACCCUCUCAUUUGUAGCUGCCCACACAUAGGGGUGUAUUUAAGACACAGGUCCAAAUUUAAGAAUGUGAAAAAGCAAACUCAAGUCUUUUUCUAUUCCAUUUUCUAGGUUUCUAAUGUCUAUAAACCUGGACUUUCACAACUGCCCUGUCUUGACAGAUACCUUCCUACGUACCCUCUCCCUCCAUACCAUAAGAGGUCAUCUAAUAUACCCGCAAAAGACCAACUACAGUCAUGAUCUUUCCCACAUAUAUGUGAACCACGUUAUGGUUCAUUUUGACCUGACUUCUCAACUUUAUCCUUCUUUGUCUCUAAAACAGUACAGUCUUUUGAUGCUUUAAACUUGGUGCGCCCUCAUUUUUGAUUGUUCAGCCAAGUUUAAUGAACAGCCAUUGGGUGCCUUCUCUGUCAGUUACGCUGUUAGAGAUUGUCGUUCAGCUGCGACUUAGUAUAUCAUAGCAAGGAAGAAUAAGAAAAGAACAUAAAAUAGAAGAUACAAAAUGCUAAGUGGAGCUUAAAGUCUGCUUUGGAAAGUAUUCUCCUUAGUGCAGAGCAAAUGAAUAGCAUGAGCAAAAGGUGUGCUUAAUGUCAUCACAAACACUGUCCUAGGGGCUGUAAAAGGAGUGGCCUGCUGUUGAUAUGAUAUGUUUAGCCCAUUCCUGGGGAUAUUCUAACUGACAGGCAGUGAGGGGCCAUGGACUAUUUUACAGCAGAUGUAUAGAUUUUGUUACAGAAAUGUAGUUGAUGUUGGGAGUGUCCAGCGGUCGAGUGCUAACCUAGUAUGUGUGAAGCCUCGAGUUCAGUCCUCAGCACUAUCCAAGAUAAGAAGGUUGAGUAGACAGAUGUGUAACGUCAGCAGUGGUUGAAUCCGAGACUGUGGUGCAGAUAUAAAACAGUCUAGGUGAGAAGCUGUGUGGCUUUCUGUCGUUAGAAGUGGGAGGAGAAGGGGACAGGUACAAACAUGAUAGCAGGGUGGGAUUGUGCUGAACAAAGUUAGCAAAGCUAGGGUUUUUGCACAAAAUCCUUGUAGUAUCAGGGCACUUCUGGCUAUAAGACACCAUUACACACGAAAUUUAGAAGUCUUGCGCUACAGCUUGGGAAAUAGUAGUUAUUGCAGGGGCUAAUAUUAUGGUUCAUUUUGAGUGUUAACUUGACCAUAUUCAGAACCACUUUACAGGCGUACUUCUGAGCACAUCUGUGAGGACGUUUCUAGAGAGGAUUUUGAGGGGCAAGAGCUGCAUUCAGCACGGGUGGCACUUCCACGAAUGAGUACCCAAGAAACAGCCCUGUCUGUCUGCAUUUGCAGCUCAAGCCUGCAUUAGUGUGGAUGUUGCUCCUUUCGCUGAGGCUCCCUUCUGCCAUCAGACUCCAAUUUUCUCUACCUUCCUGUGUGAACUCUAUACCAGCAAUGCUCCAGAGAGCUUCCAGGCUUCCAUUGCCACACUGGGACAGCUGAGGUGUCCUCCUCCAUAAACUGAGUGGCUCCCUGACCUCGUCGUCCUCAUCUCGAGGACAAACAUUGUUAGACUGCCUUGCCCCUAAUGUAUAAGCUGAUCUAUUAAAUCCCCAUGUGUAUCACAUACACAGUUGCUUGGUUCUGUUUCUUUUUUUUUUUUUUUUUUAUAGUUUAUUUUUUUAGAAGAUUUAUUUAUUUAUUAUAUGUAAGUACACUGUAGCUGUCUUCAGACACUCCAGAAGAGGGAGUCAGAUCUCGUUACGGAUGGUUGUGAGCCACCAUGUGGUUGCUGGGAUUUGAACUCCUGACCUUCGGAAGAGCAGUCGGGUGCUCUUACCCGCUGAGCCAUCUCACCAGCCCCGGUUCUGUUUCUUUAGAUCGGCCUACCUGAUAAGGCACAACAUGCCUUUGCACUUUCGCUGGCUUAAUUGCAGUAUAUUCAUGCUGAGCUUGCAUUUCCUCUUAGCUUCUGUCACAUCUCCAGCUUCUCAGGGCAGGCACGGCAUUGGUCACAGAAGCAAUAGGCUCCAGGGGCUCCGAAAUACAUGAGGUUAGGUUUACACAACAAAUUCCAUUUUGUACACAAUGUCUACUUUUGGGCUCAUUUUCUUAUUUAAAUUCUUUUGGGAGUGGGCUUAUAAGAGUCCUGUAUAGACUAUUAAUGGGAGACUUAGGUCAUACUAGGAAGCUAUUGGUGAAGGGUUAGAGAGCAGAGGAAAAUACCAAGCUAAGGGAAAGCUAGCUCCCGUGUAGCAGAAAGUUUAGUACGGCAAUUUGCCUUAACAGCCAGAAAUGAGCCUAUCUCACCAAUGCAUGCUCUAGCCAAGGGUUUCUAAAUAUUUUGUCAAAAAUGCUGUCAGGAUGAUAGUAAAAGAUGAGAGAUGAUCAAGAAGAAAAUUUAAAUAUAAGGGAGCAUGCCUUUGGGAGUUUGAACAGUAAAACUAAUGGCUCUACUCGGUUGUCAAAUUGACAACAUCUGGAGUAAGUUAAAAGCCAAGCCACUUGGUGCAGUUGUGAGGGAUUUUCCUUGUGGAUCAAUAGAGGUGGGGCGGGGGGAUUCACCUCAUAUCUGUGCCACACCUUCUGAUAGCAGCCUACAUACAGGAUAUUGAAGAAGGAAGAAGGAAGCUUUUUUUGUUUUUUUAACCUGUGUGACCUCAAUCUCACUGUCAAGGUCAUUUCUUUACUUGUAUUAGAGCCUACUUCUAAAGGAUUCCUGCGUAUGCUGAAGAUAUCCAGUCUCAUGAUGGACCUACUGAACAAGAUUCAACAUGGAUUCUUGGACCUUAUGUUGGAAGACAGCCAUUAUUGGACUAGUCAGACCACAGGCUGUAAGGCCCUCUAAUAAAUCCCACGUAUCAUUCAAUCAGUUCUGUUUCUGUAGAAAAUGCUAUUACACCUAGUCUCUCCAGAUAGCAAAUGAUGCUCAGAGUGAGAAAUGUUUUCCAGACAGAGCAAAUCGAAGAAGCUGAAGUGCAUGAUGCUGAUGAUAUGUAGAUUUUGUUUAGAACCUAGGAAGAUCAAAGAUCCCAACUGAAUGGCUAUAAUCUUAAAGGUACAAUUCCAUAGCAGUUUCACCUGGAAAUCCAAGAUAGAGGACUGAUGAGGUGGCUUAGCAAGUAAAGGUGUUUGUCACCAAGUUGGACCUGAGUUCAGUUCCUGGAUCUUACAUGGUGGAAGGAGAGAACUGAUUCCUACAGGUUGGCGUCAGACCUCCACAUUGCAUACUGUGGCAGUUCUCACACCUACUACAUAUACUAAAAAAUGUGUAAAGGAAUUCCAAGACAGAGACUGCACGUUCUGGGGACAGCCGUGGAGAUCUUGCUUGACACAAUGUGGUAAAAACUUGAAAGACCCACUGAAGUUGGGUUUUGUUUUGUUUUGUUUUUAAAGGGAUUUGUGUCAGUUUGGAUAGAAAGGAAUAAUGCUAAAUUAAAAAUAAACCUUAAUGCUUGGUUGGUAGGAUUGUGUCUACCACAAUAAAAUGGUACAAACACCAUGGAAUACAGUGUAGCAAUGUUUCAAAAGAGUAUAUGUACUGCUACUGUAUGAUGUCAUGAUCCUACUCCUAAGUGUAUACCCUGGUUAAAUGAAAUGUUACACCUUUAAUUCCUCAAUGUUAAUUCUAAGAGCCAAAACCAGGGAGACCCAAAUGCCCUUCAUGAAGAUAAAAUGAUUCGUAAAAAUUGAUAGGUAAAUAUAACAAUAUUAUUUAGCAGUCAAAAUUAAGUAAUGGUUUAUGCUUUUAAAUGGCUAUGCCUUGCAGAUGUUAUCCUCAGAAUCCAGUCAUACAACUUCAUCUAUAUACCAUGUUCAAAGUAAGCAAAACUUUUAAAAAAAGGAUUAGGAUGGGUUAUGGCUUUAAUUCUGUUUUUCUCACUUGCUGCCAAGAGGUAGAAUUUAAUCUGUCUCACUUGAAAUGUGGGCAGAUCUCAGUGACUUGAUUCUAAUCAAAAGAUUGUUGAUUAAAGUUAACAAUCUAGAAGUGAUGCCCCAUGACUUCAGGCUAAGUCAUGGAGGUAAUGAUCCCUCCAUACAAUCUAUCUUGAGAUGUCCAGGCCACAUACUCGGAGUCAGCAGUCAGCAUCUCUUGCAAGAUACAGGAAGGUGAACCUUCAGAUGAUUUGUGCUUAUGUAGCCUUUGUGCUGUCACGGUGGUCAUCAAAGGGAGCAGAUAGAAGCUUGGACCAAAUUAAGACUGGUGAAUAAAUUCACGUUUUAAAUCAUUGUAUGGUGGUUUCACAGCAAUAGAUAACCAGAGUAGAUUGGGUUUAUUCUAUUGAUUACCUGUUAUGUUACAGAAGAAGGAAUCAAAGUUUACAGUAUGGUUGGUCAGAGCAAUAGGAACCAGGACCGGGUAACAGCGCCCUCAUUUCCUUUCUAGAUGAUUUGGGUACCAUCUUGUAGGAUUCUGGACCUACAAUAGUCACUUAUAGGUGAUGGUGGCACAGCUUAAAAGAUUCCUCCUUGUGUAUCUGUACAUGUGUGUAUUCACGUUCAUAUGUGAGAUGGCCCAUGUGUGCGCUCAUGUAGAAGUACAAAGCUGCCUUUGGGAGUCUUACUCUACUUCUCUCUAUCUUACUCAUUGAUGUAGGAUCUACAUGGCUAUUUUAGCUAGCCAACUUACUGUGGGGAUCCAAGUCUCUGCCUUUCCAGAGUUGGAUUUGCAGGUGAGCUACCAAGUGUACCCUGAGUUUCCUAGUUUCUGGAGAUCUGAGCUCAUACUUGUGCAACAAGUUGUUUAACCAGCCUGUCUUCAGAGGAAAGAUUUAUACAAUCUUGGGAGAAAGUUUUUCUAAAUUUCAAUUUUUAUUUUUGUGUGUGUAUGUGUGUGUGCACACGCGUGUGCAUGUGCAUAUAAGUGCAGAUGACCUCAGUUCAGAAGAGCACGUUGGAUUAUAUAAAGCUGAAGUUGCAGAUGGUCAUGAGUGCAGCCCAUGGAUUCAGGGAACCAAACUUGAGUCCUGGCCACCGAGCCUUCUCUCUGGGCCCUCAGAAUAAGACCUUUAAGAAUAAAGCCCUGCAGACAUUUUGAUUAGAGUCGUAAUAGUUUUUCUUACAAAACUAGGGUUGAAAGAGAAAAGGCAGUUCAUACAUAGCCUUUUUAUCAAUUAAAAUGCUUUUAUCUAUAGAGAUGGUUUUCUCUAUAGUAGCAACUGGAAGUCACUGUUGAGAGCCGUCUUGUUAUGAUGAUAGUGAUGUUUAUUAUACUGUUGUAAAGUUACUUUUCCUAUUUCAGAACUAUGGUACCCGCUGAUCUUAUGUUGGCAACUUCUUGCUUCAAUAGCACUUCCCAGUGACCCAGUGAUUUAAUAAUAAUUAAAUUAUUUCUCUUUCCUGGUUUUAUUUUUACCCAUAGCAACUCUCCUCACCUGCUGGACAUAGAUUUACAUCAUUGUCAUGAUUUGUUUUCUACAGCUGGACUGUAAUUUCUUUGAGAGCAGAGCCUUUUAACUUCCUCAUCUACUCCCUUAUAGUCACUUCUUGCACUAGAGUUGUGUUCUGAAAACUUGGUAGAUUAUAUGUAUCAUUUAUAGUAUUUAAAUAUUUGGCAGUCAUAAUUAAGUUUGCAAUAUGUCUAAUCAAAGUGCCUCCAAGCCUCCUCAUAUCUAGGUACAGACGGGGUUCUAAUGAUCAAAGGUCAAAGGCUAUAGCAUCCUUUUCUGUCAUUUUCAACACACCUGCGAAACAGUAGGACUAGUAUUAAAAACCUCUGUAUGCCUGUUACUCAGCAUCAAUAAUGUCAAUAAUUAUCAACAUUGUGUCCAUCCUGCUGCUUCCCCUACGUCCUCCAGUUUCCAUAAGCAUUUCUAAAUGUUGAAUACAUGUAAAACAAGUCCUAUUGUUAAUUACUAUCAUAACCAGCCCAUCAAUACAUUUCUCUGACUGGUUGCUGUGUUUAUUGAAAUGAACAAUCUGUCCAGGUGCACAGGUUGUAUUUUGUCUUUUGCUAUUAUUUAAUGCUCAUUUUCAGAACAGUUUUUAUUUUUCAUCAUGCAGUUGCUGAGACCUCAUUUCACUUCUCCCUAUAGAGCACUGCGUCUCAACCUGUGUAUCAAUCACUACCCCCUUGGAAAUCCUGUCUCUAAAAAUAUUUACAUUACGAUUCAUAACCGUAGAAUAAUUAUAGUUAUGAAGUAGAAAUGAAAAUAGUUGUAUGGAUGGGGUCACCACAGCAUGAGGAGUGUAUUACAGCCGCAUAGGAGAGUUGAGAGCCGCUGCUGUAAAGCUUUCCAUGUUACAGAUUUGACUGAGGGUAACUUCAGCUCUCUGGGCCUCCCAUUUCUGUAUGUGUUGGUUAGCCUAAAGCUACUGUUAGAUGUAGGGUUGGUUUUCUGCAUGAGGUUUCCUCUGCACUCUGCUGCGCACCAUCAGUUACUUUCAUUGCACGUGAUGCUUUCUGUUGUAAGUGGCUAAAACGGAUUAGUGGGCUACUAACCUUAAUCCUACCAACAGAGUUCCUGUAUUUCAUUAGAACUUGGAGAAAUGAUGAGUUUUCUAAGGCUUGUUAAAAUUCAUUUAUUAGCUCCAAUUUCUGUAUGAAUAAAAACUAUGAACUAUUUGAAUAUAGUGGCAUGCAGUUUAUAUUACAAUAGUGUAAUAGAUGCUUGAUUCAUUUCUCCCUUUAUUAGUUUUUAGACUGAGCUGAUGAUGUCCCACCCACUCCAAGUAUGAUUAAUGAGUUAGUCCCUCCUUUUAUAAGAUGCUGUUAUGAACCCCAAGGCUUCAGUAUUACUUCCCCCCCCCCCCCAGAUGUUUAGCCUUCCUCAUUUCAAACUGGAGGAAGAGUCCCAAAGCUGGCCCAGUUGCCUGAUAUGAUCUCAGUAUUUGAUAUUGUCCAUGUGUCUGGCAUGGAUAAACCUGUUUCAGCAUGCCCUGUCUUGUAUGCUUCUGGUCCAACCUGCAGUGACUAUUUCCCCCCUCUACUUAGGAAAUCACCUACUACCUCCUAGCUUCAUCAUAAUGGGGAGUGGUUUUGCAUGUGUGACAGAACAAUUCUGCGAUUACAUAUUCUAAAGAUAUAUAAUAACUCUUCCUCCAUAAUGGUCACCUCUUCAAAAAUCAUGGCUGAAAGAUUAUUGGUAACAGCACUGAAGGGUGGCAAGAACACUAAGAUCCUGACUUUGAAUGGCAAGAGGAUUACCAAGAUGCCCUCGACACUGGAAAAACUACCUAAUCUGAAGACUCUAGACCUUCAAAAUAAUUCCAUCUCCAAAGUAUGCCCAGAGCUAAGGACCUUGACCCAGUUGACGUUACUAAACCUGGGAAACAACCAUUUACAAGAAGUUCCUGAAGAGAUAAAAUAUCUUACCUCCCUGAAGAAUCUUCAUUUAUUUGGAAACAGGAUUUGCAGAAUUGCUCCUGGAGUUUUUAAUGGCCUACAUCGCUUGAUCAUGCUUAAUCUGAAUGACAACAGACUUACGAGUCUUCCUCAAGAAAUUGGCAGGUUAAGGAGUCUUACCUACUUAAGCCUCAACCGUAACAAUCUCACCGUGAUUCCCAAAGAGCUUUGUUCCCUUGAGCAUCUUUCUGAACUGCAUCUAAACUACAAUCAGAUCGUGUACAUCCCUGAGGAGAUCAAGUUCCUGAAGAACCUUCAGCAGCUCUUUCUGGUCAGGAACAACAUUGAAGAGUUGCCAGAGGAAAUUUGUCAUCUUGAAAAACUAAGAGUCCUGGACAUAGCUGGAAAUGUAAUCCAGAUAUUUCCGGCAGGCUUUCAGAAUCUGAGGCUGACAGAGUUCUACUGUGAGGGAAACCCGCUCUUCCUGAAGAGGCCAUUUUUUGCUGUACAACCUAAAGACCUCUGGACUCUACGGGAAAUAGCAGCAAGAUUUGUCCUCUCUCUGUUAGAAGAAAACGACCCUUUGAUUAUGAAUGUCAUAGAGAGUUACCCAGAGGUCAAGGACAAACUCUCCAAAGCAAAAAAGUGUUCAAUAUGCAGGAAACCUUUUUUAACUGAGUGGCUGGAGUGCGUUUACUUUGUGGCUCCAUCGAAGAACUGGAAGAUAAGCAGAAACCUAAAGCUGAUUCCUGUCCAGACAUCAGUCUGUUCCUAUCAAUGCUUUGACCAGCGUGAUCCUGAUGUCUUUGGAAUUGCUCAAGAGUAGAGCAGGCAGGAACUGGGGACUAGAGAAGCAUCUGGUACCAACACCACAGACUUCUUCAAGCUAAUUGAAAAUCCUUAGUCACAUGGUACUGGGCUUUGCAUUCAAGCUAAGUGAAAAUCCUUAGUCACAUGGUACUGGGCUUUGCAUCCUUUUUUUGUUUUUACAAGU